AACUGUAGCGACUGUAGCGGGCUCUUUGCGCCAAGAGGUGUGUGCGCGCUUUUGCGUCCGUGUCCGCAAGUCGGGGGUCGCGGACCAUUCAUUCAUUCGGCGGCGAUGGAUCGAGCGAGAACUCUGGCCGCGUCAUUGACGCCGUUCGCCCGGGCCUUGCUGUCCGAGAGGUGCGGUGCCGCGCGUCUGGCAAACACCGGCCACUUCGGCGUUCACCUGCUCAAGGUGCCCGCGCGGGGCUAUGUGACCCGCGCUGCAGCCGAGCCGUUCCUCAACGGCAGCUCGUCUGUAUACGUCGAGGAGAUGUACCGAGCCUGGACCAAGGACCCAAACUCCGUGCACAAGUCAUGGGAUGCCUUUUUCCGGGCUGCAGCGGCCGGGCUAGGCCCGGGCGAGGCCUACAGCUCUCCCCCUGCCCUGGCUUCAGCCAUGUCAACAGUGGCCGUGCCUCGGGUAGCUCCUGCAACAAUGCCGGCACCUAGCCCGUCCAAACUUCCAAGCACACAGGUGGCACCGAGGGACAUCGAUGAUCACCUUUCUGUUCAAGCGAUCAUUCGGUCCUACCAGGUGAGGGGACACCUGGCUGCCUCGGUUGACCCUCUUGGAAUCGUCAACCCCAGCUCACACUCGCCCCUAAAUCGAAAGCAGCUGCAUUCGCCCGAGGUGGUGCUUCGAAAUUACAAGCUAGAGGAGAAAGACAUGGAUCGCCUGUUCAAGCUUCCUGCAACCACAUUCAUUGGUGGCGAGGAGAGCACCCUGCCGCUGCGGGAGAUACUGCGGCGACUAGAGAACGUGUACUGCACAAGUAUUGGCGUGGAAUACAUGUUCAUCAAUGACCUGGACCAGUGCAACUGGAUUAGGGAGAAGUUUGAGUCGCCUGGUGUCAUGCGGCUCAGCAAGGAUCGCAAGCGCCUGCUGCUGUCGCGUGUUGUUCGGUCCACCAAAUUCGAAGAGUUCUUGGCAAAAAAGUGGGUUUCAGAGAAGCGGUUCGGAUUGGAAGGUUGUGAGGUGCUCAUUCCUGCCAUGAAAACCAUCAUUGACCGCUCGAGUGAGCUCGGCAUUGAGAGUAUCGUGAUGGGUAUGCCUCAUAGGGGACGCCUGAACGUCUUGGCAAAUGUUUGCCGCAAACCUCUUGAGCAGAUCUUUACCCAAUUCAGCGGACUGGAGCCUGCUGAUGAGGGCUCUGGGGAUGUGAAGUACCACCUGGGAAUGAGCCAUGAGCGUUUGAACAGAGUGUCAAACCGAAAUAUCAAGCUUGCGGUCUGUGCCAACCCUUCGCAUCUGGAAGGUGUGGAUCCAGUGGUCCAAGGCAAGACUCGUGCCGAGCAGUUUUACCGGGGCGACACUCAAGGCAAGAAGGUGAUGAGCAUCCUUUUACAUGGAGAUGCAGCCUUUGCUGGACAGGGAGUGGUCUACGAGACCUUCCACUUGAGUGAUCUGCCCGACUACUCUACCCAUGGCACCAUCCACAUAGUCGUCAACAACCAGAUUGGCUUCACCACUGAUCCCCGGGUGGCACGUUCGUCUCCCUACUGCACGGAUGUUGCUCGUGUCGUCAAUGCACCCAUCUUUCAUGUGAAUGCCGAUGAUCCUGAAGCUGUCGUGCACGUUUCAACAGUGGCCGCUGAGUGGCGCAGUCGCUACGGGAAGGAUUGCGUCAUUGACCUGGUGGGCUACCGACGCAAUGGCCACAACGAGGUGGACGAACCAAUGUUCACACAGCCACUCAUGUACACCAAAAUCCGCAAGCAGUCAACCCUCCUCGACAUCUACUCACGCAAGUUGCUCGACGAAGGCGUUGUCUCUGAGAAGGAGAUUGAGGAGGAAAAGGAGCGGUACGAAAGCAUCCUGGCAGAGGCCUACAAGAACGCCGAGAAAGAGGACAAGUCCUACAACCGUGACUGGCUUGAUUCGCCCUGGAGUGGUUUCUUUGGGGAACGUGAUCCUAUCAAGUCUGACCCGACGGGUGUGCCUGAAGACGUCCUGCAGCACAUAGGCACGGCGUUCAGCUCGCCCCCGCCGGGCAACUUCAAGAUCCACCCGGGCCUGCGGCGUAUCCUCAAGGCGCGCGCUGAGAUGGUUGAGCAGAAGACGGUCGACUGGGCCUUGGGCGAAGCCAUGGCCUUUGGUUCCCUGCUCAAGGAGGGCAUCCAUGUACGCCUCAGUGGGCAGGAUGUUGAACGGGGCACGUUCAGUCACCGCCAUCAUGUGCUGCACCACCAGACGAUCGACAAGACUACCUACCGGCCUCUGUGUCAUCUUUGGCCAGACCAGGCACCCUACACCGUCUGCAACAGCUCCCUAUCCGAGUAUGGUGUACUUGGCUUUGAGCUGGGAUUCUCGAUGACCAACCCCAAUGCGCUGGUGAUGUGGGAGGCCCAAUUUGGGGACUUCAUGAACACUGCCCAGUGCAUCAUCGACCAGUUCAUCAGCAGCGGGCAAGCCAAGUGGGUCCGGCAGAGUGGCCUCGUCAUGCUUCUGCCUCAUGGCAUGGAGGGCAUGGGUCCUGAGCACUCAAGCGGCAGGCCUGAACGUUUCCUCCAGCUCUGCAGUGAAGAAUCCGACGUCUUUCCAACCAUCGACGAGGACUUUCCCAUGCGGCAGCUGAACGACAUCAACAUGAUUGUUGCCAACUGCACGACGCCUGCCAACUACUUCCAUGUGUUGCGGAGGCAGAUUACCUUACCCUUCAGGAAACCACUCAUCCUUCUGACACCAAAGUCACUGCUCCGGCAUCCAGAGGCCAAAUCGCACUUCAGUGAAAUGACUGAAGGUACAUCGUUCCUGCGGCUCAUCCCAGAUAGUGGCCCAGCUAAGGACAAUGCAUCGGCCGUGCGCCGCCACCUUUUGUGCUCGGGCAAGGUGUACUACGAACUCACCAAAGAGCGCAGGGCACGGAACCUCGACUCUGAAGUGGCCAUCACACGUGUCGAGCAGCUCUGCCCAUUCCCGUUUGACCUGGUGAAGCAAGAGGUUGACCGGUACCCCAACGCCGAGAUCUCCUGGGUCCAGGAGGAGCACAAGAAUCAGGGCUUCUGGUACUUUGUCCAGCCACGGCUGCAGACUGUGGUUGCCCACCAGAAACCCAUCCAGUACGUGGGCCGUGCUGUCUCUCCAUCAACGGCGACUGGCAGCAAGCACACACACAAGAAAGAGUCUGAGAAGCUUCUCAAUGACAGUUUUGCUUGAGUGUGCUGUCUUGGUAAAAAAAAUGAGGGAAGGGAGAGGAACCUUUAUAUUUAAAUCCAAGUCAAGAUAAGGAAGUGGAUGACAGAGCUGCUGCUGUUGAUCGUUCCUUUUGUAGCCGAGACACGCUUCUUACGUUUUUAGAAAAUUGGCCGUUUAUGUUGCCACAGCUUUCAUGAACGGCACCGGCACAUCUUGGCAGUUACAGGGGCCUUCGCUAGCUUCGUGCACCACAGGCUGUGAGGCAGAUCUGAUAGAAACGGCCAUGUCUCCCGCACAGCAAGAUGAACUCUUGCGUACUGUUCAGAGACGAGAACAGCAGCCUGAUUUUAUGCCGUAUUAAUGAACAUUGUUGCACAGUAUGUUUUUCGCUGUACACUAAGAGCAUAGUCUCUUGUCAUGCAAAUUUGUCCCUGUGAAACACCAGUGUCUUGUCAUCGUUGCAGUGGAGAUUUAAUAGGCCUGGAGCGCAUAGCAACAAAUGUUGACCAGCCUUUGAAGAUGAGGCCCUCCGAUCUGACAUUAUUGCUUCCUUGCAUUGGUGUGUUGUGUGGUCUUUGUUAUGCAGCAAACUUGUUUCUGCUCACUGCUGUUAUAUGUGAGGCUAAACGUGCGGUCAGCAAACUUGUUUUUUGGAGCGGGUGUACCGGACAUUGCUGAUGGGCACUCGAGCUGCACUUGAGCUGUGGAACAGCAGAGUACAAGCAAGUAGUAUGGUGGAAUUCGCUGUUCUUUCGGUGAUUAAGUUAACCAUGCUUUUUAGGCGCUGUGGCUUCCUCUUUAGUUCAACGCCGUUUGGAAAGGUGUGAAGAAUGAUGUGAGGCACGAGCUUAUGCGUCGUUCAAGCGACUACUUGCUUUUUUUUCUUGGUUAUGUCUGAAGGCUGCUUUGCAAGGAAGCAAAGAUCAAGCAAGCAAUGCUCACACAAGAGAAAGUAGUUUUCUAGUGCAAGAAGCACUGCUCUUGCAUUAUAAGUGUAGGCCAGUGAGUAGACUUUUGCUGACUCUUAUUAUGUAGGUAGGGGAGAGAAAUGUACAGGAAUGGGCAAAAGUGCAUCAAUAAUGCCUGUGCAUUGCAGUGAGAGCUUUUAAUGGCAAGUUUUCUAUGACCAGUGCCAUGAAACUUAUUUGCCAUAGUUUAUGCAUGAAGGAAUACCAAAAUAUUGUUUUUAAAUUUAUAUGCACCCAGAAAAAAAUGUAACCUCAGCACACAACUCUGUUAAACAUCCAGGGCUUCAGGUCAAUGUAUGGCAAGUGUUUUAUGUCGAUGAUGGCAGUCUUCUUUUAACAAGGGAAGCUUUCAUUUGUUUUAUAUGGAGUCAGAAAGUAGGCCGCUGGCUGCUCUUUUUAAUCUUGUUCCAAAUAACGGAAACGAAUGUCUGGUAGCUGAUGCAGCAGUUAUAGUGGCUAUAAUUGUGUAAAUCUAUGCAGUUUUACCAUAAACCAGAAUGCUGGAAGAUGGAAAGGAAGUGACAGUUUUCUUUUCUUGGAAACUGACAUUGUCAGCACUGAAAUCUUGUACUUCUGCAUAAGUCGAAGUUAAGGGGGGGGCAAGGCACUUUAAAAAAACUUUAUUUUUUAAACAAUUUCAAUAAAAUUGGCACAGUUACUGUAUUUUUAUAAGCCGAUUUGAAAGAUGCAAUUAUAUUUUUUUUCUAUGAUAAAUAUUUUUAUCAUAUCCAAAACAGGAUGUUCUUUUUUUUUGGAGCCUAAUUAGCUAAUUAACAGCAACUUGCACGGUAACAUACAGCACACGGAAUCAAUUGUGAAUGUUUAUAGUGUGUCAUAAGCUAUAAAUCAUUGUUCUAGGCCAUUUUGAAGCAAAGUUAUAGGUUGUCAAACUUAGUCAUAAAACAUGCCCAUAUUCAUAUUUUUCGAUUAUCAAGGUGGGCAAUAUUUAUCAUAGAAAAAAAAAUAAUUACAUCUUUCAAAUCGGCUCAUAAAAAUACAAUAACUGUGCAAAUUUCAUUGAAGUUGUUUAAAAAGUAAAAAUGGUUUUUGAAGUGCCUCGUCCCCCCUUAAGGCCAGUGGUGUAGAGGGCUGUGGUGGUUUCUUGAAAAAAGUUUUUAGACUUUAAUGAUGUUAUUUGACUUGCAAUCUUCAUUGAGCCAGUACCAUACUGUCUUGUGCUUAGUUAAUUCAGUUGUUGCUGGCCCGUUUUUCGACUGCAGUCCUUUCACUUGUAUUGAGUUUCUGACCCAACGUAGGUUCAGGAAAAGGCGGGCAGUAUUGAAGAACAGCAUAGUGACAUUGAAUGGCUGUGGCAUGAAAGAUACAAUUUCAUUUGUUUUCAAUGAUACCUUGUCCCACUGUUACUUGAGCAUGUGAUGCACUGUUGACUACAUUUUGUUUUGAUUUUCCAUUUUGUUCCAAGGCGCGCAUUGUUAUUUAAGCAGUUCAUUCCUGUUAUGUAGUGUCAUAGCUUUUUCUUUUUUCUGAUCUUGCUUUGUGUUCUAGCAGAAGUUGCAUUUUCUGAUGUCACAGCUUUGUGUCUGCGUUUUAGCAAGUGUGCAUCUCUUGGAAGAUGCAGAUAAUUUUACUAAAAUCACUGCUUCCCCUUGUAAAAACGUGUGUACCUUGUGGCCUCAUUGCUUGGCUCUGGCACACACAGAAGCAUUUCUGAAACUCAGCAACUCUGUUUGUAGUGCUUAGUUUUUUGCUUUGAAGAUGGAGGUCAUUGUGUUUCUGCAGUAAAUGUGUUUACAAGCAAUGUU